AAGAAUUCCGUUCUGAUGUCGGAUUUGAAGGCAAAAUUGAGGAAGUGAGUUCCAAGAAGGUCCUAGAAGACCAAUUGUCUAAGUUUAUCUGUGCAAUGAAGCGACGUGAUGGUGGUGAAUACCAUGCUAGCUCAGUAAGAAGUUGCUUGGCGGCAAUUUGGCGUUACCUUAAUCAGCACUCCGUUAUGGAGAAACCAGUCGACAUACUCAAUCCGAAAGUGUACUUCGAUUUAAAUCAAGUUAUUAAUAGAAAACUGAAAAAUCUUUCUGCGAAAGGCUUUGGUGAAAAAACAGGGGCAGAUGGACUAACCAUGAAUGAGGAUUAUGAUGCACAAGCGGAAGUAAUCAGCUUGCCAAAUAUCAAAGAUAUUAUCGAUGAUUAUGAAUUUUAUUUAAGUAAACGUCCAGUAACUGCAGUAACUAAUUUUUAUUUGAAACCUUUUACUACGAAUUCAGUUCAAUUUAAUGGACAAUGGUAUUACGGACGUGCAUUUGGAGAACGAACAUUGAGAGGUUACUUGCGUACUAUAUGUGAAACUGUAGGUAUUCAGAUCGGCACUCGUAACAUUUCAAAUCAUUCGGGAAGAAAAACUGCAGUUCAACUACUAAAGGAACUUGGGUAUUCUGAUUCUGUCGUAAUGUCGAUUACAAGACACAAGUCUCAAAAAGGUUUAGCUGCAUAUGAAAGACCAAAAUCAGUAAUGCAAAGGGAAGGAAUUAAUGGAUUUUUUAAUGCAUUAAUGCAGGUUUCGAAUAAAGCAUUGGAAGAUGAUGCCUCCGAAGCAAGUGUCGAUGCUAUUCCUAAAGCUACUGUCAAUGUCGCCCGCAAGGAAAAUAUCACCCCCAAGGAAAGUGUCGCCCCCAAGAAAAAUAUCGUCCCUGAUAAAAGUGGUGCCCCUAAGGAAAAUGGCAUCUUCAAGGAUUUUAUUCCUGCAAGUUUAUACGUUCAACGUGCUGAUUCGCAAGCAUCACUAGUGAAUGCAUUUGAUGACCUUGAUGUAUCUUCUCAGAAUUGUGUUUCUUGUACUGCGCUAGUUGAAUGUAGUCAUAAUAUUUUAGAAAGCGAUACUCAAAAAGAGACAGGUACGAAUGCUGAAAAGGAUGAAAAAAAGUUACAAAAUAAAGAAUUUAUUGAAAAAUUCAUGACAGGAAAUACAUUCUAUAAUUGUAUCUUUAAUUUUUAA